GUAUCUGCUCUGGGAGCACCUGGUAUAACCUACAGAGUCGUCGAAGGGACCUGAACAGGUGUGAAAUGAGUGAGCAAGUAAAAUCGACACCUAAAUCUGGAGAACAGAAAGAUGAUGAACCUACUCAUCCUCUUGAGCCUGUGAUUGCCCAGCAGCCCAGUAAUGAACAACCUCAACAAGAGGAGCCACCUGCUGAAAUUCAAGAUGAUGCACCUGGUCAGGAGAGAGACGACCAAGAACUUGCAGCUGAAGAGCCUGAACUGGAGGAAGAUUUCGAAGAAGAGGAAAGGCCCAAUACUGGGCGUGAGCGGGGAGAUGGUCUGGCUGUCCAGGGGAGACGUCUGCUGAGACUGGACUAUACUACAUUGCCGGAGUCAGGAGAAGGGCCGUCACUGGUGUAAAAGAAGACAAAAGCAAUCAUGUAGGCAGUUCUUGUGUUGGGGCCUUGGCCAUCAUAAUUCUCCCAAUAAAGUUGUGCAGUUCUCUUCAAAGAA